AUGCUCGGCAAGCCGCUUCGCGGCGCCCCCCGGGUCAAGAAGAGAUGGCAGCUGGAGCUGGAGGGCGAGCUCGCCGGCGACAGCGACGAGGCGCCGCUGCGCAGAAUACGCCCUAGUCGAAGCCGGAGCCCGCCGGAGAGGGCGAAGGAGAAGUCCGACGAAGGCAGCGACCACAAGGCUCCAUGCGAUGUGGAGCCUGCCCCAAAAGAGACAAAGGCUUAUGCCUGGAUGGACAGCGAUGAUGAGGGCGCAGGGUCUGGAAGCGAAGGUGCUCACGCGAGCAACACCAGAUCUCGAUCGCAGUCACCCGAGGCUUCUGCGGUGUCUCCCGGCGAAGUGGAGACCUUACCCCAGAUGAUUCGCCUGGCAGAGGACAGAUCCCGGAUAGGAUAG